ACCGACAGAAACGACAAGAAACAAUUGCCAAUUGAGCGUAUCAGACAAUAGCGCGCUCUAGAAGUACCGUCGAUAAUUACUUAUCCUCUCUGUACAGUUCUCUACGAGAAGACGCGGAUGGCAGUUCGGUGGAGAAAAUAUUCGCGAGAAAAUUGCAAAUGGAGCAUGAACGAUCUUUACUCUUAUCUCGAAUUACACCACAUUUUGUUUAUUAUCGAACAUUACUAAUUAACAAACGAUCUUACAAAGGGAUAUGUAUUCUGAGUAAAAAAUAUCUAUCGCUGGCUAAUUCUUGUCGAUUAAUAUAUUUCAAGAUGGCGACGACUUAAAUGAAAGAGGCAUUAAUUAUAAAACUGUAGACACAGUCGAUAUAUUCUUAAUAUCAUUAAAAGAGAGUCUGCCUGUUGUUUUUCCGAUGAUACGGACGCAACCACUUUGCAAACGAAGUGAAAGGCGAAGGUGAAAGGCGAAGGAAGGGAGAGAGAGAGAGAGAGAGAGAGAGAGAGAGAGAAAGGGGGCGGGAGAAAAAGAGAGAGAUAGAUAGAUAAAAGAUAGGGCAUAAAGGUUGAGAAUGACCAAGGCAAAUGACUUUCUUUGUUGAAAAAAAAGAAACGGAGACACAAUAUAGGAGCCAUAUAAGAGGAUCGAGAGACAGAAAGUGGGAAAGAGAGAAAAGAUGUGCCGGCUGGGCGGCGGUUGAUGCGCGCGCAUCCAGUUAAAAGAUAGCGGUAUCGGCGCGCGAGCGUGUUUGUGUUUGUGUUUGUAUCGAGUCGUGUUGAGUCGUGCCGUGUCGUCGUCGUCGUGUCGUGUCGUGUCGUGCCGAGCCGUGCCGAGCCGUGUCAUAAGAGCGGGCUGAACGGUGUCGCGUGGCUCAGACCAACUUGGACCGUCUUUUCAAGUGGGACUUAGUGUUUAUUCACGCGUUAAACUGCCAGCUGGAGAAAGAGUUGACCUAUCUAGAAUCGGGAAUCAAAGGAUUACCGCCUACCUUAACGUAUCGUAACUUGUCCAGUGUUUAACCGGGCCACGUUUUCACUGGCAUCGAAUUCAAAUUGAAAUAUCAACUACGACAACAUGUGCGGAAUAUUUGCUUAUCUCAACUAUCUCACGCCGAAGAGUAGAAAGGAGAUUUUGGAACUUCUCGUAGGUGGAUUGAAAAGAUUGGAAUAUCGUGGAUAUGAUUCUGCAGGCGUUGCCCUUGAUACAGCAGGAGGAAGAGAUAUUUCCGUCAUCAAGAAGCAAGGAAAGGUCAAGGCACUCGAAGAAGAAAUCUUUAAUCGUACAGACGUUGAUUUUGAAUCUAAAACCGAUAGUCAUGUUGGUAUUGCUCACACUCGUUGGGCCACUCAUGGUGUACCAUCCGAAGUUAAUUCUCAUCCGCAACGAUCCGAUUUUGAACAUGGAUUCGUCGUUGUUCACAAUGGUAUCGUGACGAAUUACAAAGAAGUCAAAACAUUACUCGAGCAAAGAGGAUACGCUUUCGAGAGUGAAACAGAUACCGAAGUUAUUGCUAAAUUAAUUCACCAUCUUUGGAUUAUUCAUCCAGGAUAUUCUUUCCGUGAACUUGUCGAACAAGUUGUACAACAAAUAGAAGGGGCUUUUGCAUUGUGUUUCAAGAGUAAACAUUUCCCCGGCGAGUGCGUAGCUACGAGAAGAGGUUCACCCCUUCUAGUUGGUAUCAAGACGAAAACGAGAUUGGCUACCGAUCAUGUGCCCAUUUUAUAUGGCAAAGAUGACCCACAACUCGCGAGCAAAGAAGGUGACACCUCGUCUACAGAUCAUCGUCCUCAUGGACGUAAUGCCGAGCUUCCUGUUAUACCAAGAAGCGACAGUACAUCCGAAUUUCAACCCUUGGAAGAUAAAGAGGUGGAAUACUUUUUUGCAUCCGAUGCCAGUGCUGUGAUCGAACAUACCAAUCGUGUUAUCUUCCUUGAGGACGACGAUGUGGCUGCUGUAAAGGAAGGAGCCCUCAGUAUCCAUCGAUUGCGUCGUUAUUUGGAUGAUCCUCACGCAAGGGAGAUCACUACCCUUAAAAUGGAAAUCCAACAGAUCAUGAAGGGUAACUACCAAUAUUUUAUGCAGAAGGAAAUCUUCGAACAACCAGAAUCCGUGGUGAAUACGAUGAGAGGUCGUUUGAAUUUCCAAGACAACUCUGUCACCCUAGGUGGUAUCAAGGAUUACAUUCCUGAGAUAAAAAGAUGCAGACGAUUAAUGCUCAUCGGUUGUGGUACGAGUUAUCAUUCAGCCAUUGCAACGAGACAAUUACUCGAAGAAUUAACUGAACUUCCAGUAAUGGUCGAGUUGGCGUCAGACUUUUUGGAUAGAAAUACUCCAGUUUUUCGCGACGACGUAUGUUUCUUCAUUUCGCAAUCUGGCGAAACUGCCGACACUUUAAUGGCACUAAGAUAUUGCAAAGGUCGAGGUGCUUUGAUCGUUGGUAUUACGAAUACCGUUGGCAGUAGUAUUUGUCGCGAAUCGCAUUGCGGUGUACACAUUAACGCUGGUCCUGAAAUUGGUGUAGCCAGUACCAAAGCAUACACAUCUCAGUUUAUAUCCUUGGUAAUGUUUGCAUUAGUUAUGAGCGAGGAUAGAAUCUCUCUCGGUUCCAGACGUCAACAGAUCAUCGAAGGAUUGAAGAAUUUGGACAAAUUGAUUCGCGAGGUAUUGAAAUUGGACGAUGAAGUCAAGGAAUUGGCAAAGUCCUUGUUCCAACAUAAAUCUCUUUUGAUCAUGGGUAGAGGAUACAAUUUUGCCACGUGCAUGGAAGGUGCUUUGAAAGUGAAAGAAUUGACUUACAUGCACAGCGAAGGUAUCAUGGCGGGUGAAUUAAAACACGGUCCCUUGGCUUUAGUCGAUGAUUCCAUGCCCGUAAUCAUGAUAGUUAUGAGAGAUCCUGUAUACGUGAAAUGUAUGAACGCUCUACAACAAGUAACGGCACGCGAAGGAAAACCUAUCGUUAUUUGCGAGGAAGGUGACAAAGAAACAAAAUCUUUCGCUUACAAGGCACUCGAAAUACCAAAAACUGUUGACUGCCUUCAGGGUAUUCUCACAGUUAUUCCUAUGCAACUAUUAUCUUUUCAUAUCGCAGUUUUGCGUGGUUGUAACGUCGAUUGUCCACGCAAUUUGGCAAAAUCCGUUACUGUUGAGUAAAAUGUUUUAAAUCGACGAAUCGAUUAUUCGACAAUGAACUAAGAAGCAGAUUAGGAAUGAUGAGAGGGAAAGAGAUAAAUGUCACGAGACGAAGUUGAAAUUAAGAAUCUUUCGAGAGUUCAGAAAUAAUAUUUAUCAUCCAUUGGCGAUAAAAAUCAAACGAUCAAUACGAUUGUUUGUUCGUAUUAUUAUAGUACUAGGACAGCAAUACUAAUUGCAUAUAGACGUUGUUUUUAUAAGGGCAAUGCGUUUUUUUUUUUUUUUCGAGAUUCUUUUUCUCUCAAGGACCAACAGGGCUGUGCAUUUAGUCGACACGUCGAUUUCGAAAGUAUAUACUACUUAUAUACUUACAUACUUUUUUUGUCAUAGCGAUGACGAAUUAAACUAGGUAUUUAUAAUUCAUUUGAAUUUCGAGUAUAACAAUAUGAUAAAAACAAAAGAAAAAAAUAAUAUGACGAUAUUACUAGGUAUAUCUACUUUCGAUUGCUACCGACGAUAAGACGAUAUUGAGGAUUUUCAAUAUUUUCAAAUAAUUACCUACCUAGAGCAUUAUACAUUAUACAUCGUUGAUUUGACAUAUGUGUUUUUAAACAAAACUGUUUAUAUAUUCUUUUUUUUAUUCAUAUAAAAAAAAUAAUUCCAAUGCAUUUAUAGAGAAAUGACGAAGAAGAUGAAGACGAAGAUUGUCUUUUUUCCUAGAUCAUAAUUCUUCGUUUGGUACGACAAUGUGAUAUUACCGAUUAAAAUCAUCGGUUUCUUUGUAUCAGAUGGCGACGAACCAUUUUUACACUUUGAAGAUGCAAACGAAUCUUCAUUCUUUUGUAAUUUUAAAUUAACUUUCGCGCGAGUAAAAUGUAUAUUUGACAUCAAAGUUAAAUUGUCUGAACGAUUAUAAUCGAUAAUUAAAUUAUCGCGUCCAUUUUUCCACUUCCUCGAAUCAAAAUCUGUCCCCAAACUAUUCGUAAUGUAACUCAACGUUCGACGAAUCAAAAUUCAUCGUGUUUUAAAUGAGAAGGCAAUAUAUCAUGAAUUUUUUAAUGAUUAUACAAUAUUACAUAAGUCAUUAAAUGAAACGAGCGUAGACGUAGUAUAUCAUUUUAUACUGAAAAAAAAAAAAAAAAAAAACAAAAAAAACUAUUUACGAGUAUGAGACGGUAGCUAUUAUUGAUUUAAGUCUCAACAAAAAAAUAAAAGAAACAUAUUUAUUUAUCAGUA